AGACAACUUCCGGCUUCUAGCAACUUCACCGGAAGCAGUCUCACUGGCGGUCCUGCUGGCAAAAGAUUCCGCCUGGCCAACUACACAUUGGCAGCACAGCAAUGGCGACUGAACGUAGUUUCCAUGACAGCCUCAUUGACGAAGACCCACAGAAAGCUCUCGAGGGACUGAACGAGGCCUUACAAGGAGACCCUGACAAUGCUGAGUGGCUGUGCCAGCGUGCCUACGCCUACAUACUACUUAAAAACUACAGUUGCGCUGUUGAAGAUGCCAAGAAAGCCCAGCAGCUAAGUCCAGGCCUUUCCCUUGCUUUCAUGCGAACAGGAGUAGCAGAGUACCACCUGAGCCAAUAUGAGUCAGCCCAUGCAGCCUUCACUCAAGGACACCAACUCGAUGUUUCUGAAAAAACAUUUGAGAUUUGGAUCAAGCGAUGUGAGGAAAUGUUGGAUGAGAAGACGCAGAACAGCAGCGUGGACACGAAACCAGCAGGGCCACAUGUGAAGUACGACUGGUACCAAACAGAAUCUCAAGUCAUUGUCACUGUUAUGGCAAAAAAUGUUCCUAAGGACGGCGUGUUUGUGAACUUCACGGAACAACAGCUCUCGGCCUCAAUAAGGCUCGCGUCUGGGGAAAACUACAACCUCAAUCUCCACCUUCUGCAUCCCAUCGUCCCACAGCAGAGCACCUUCAAGAUCCUCACCACUAAGGUGGAGAUGAAGAUGAAGAAGACAGAUGCCAUCCGAUGGGAGAAUCUGGAAGGAGAGGGACAGGAAUCCAACAUCAAACACUUCAAUCCCAAUGAGUACCCGUCAUCGUCCCACCACAGCCGCAAAUGGGACAAAAUGGUGGUGGACAUCAACGAGGAGGAGAAGAAUGAGAAGCUGGAGGGAGAUGCGGCCCUCAACAAGCUCUUCCAGCAGAUCUACUCUGAUGGUUCUGACGAGAUUAAGCGCGCCAUGAACAAGUCUUUUACGGAGUCACAUGGUACGGUCCUGAGCACCAACUGGAAAGACGUGGGCAAGAGAAAAGUGGACGUGAGCCCACCGGAUGAUGUUGAGUUGAGGAAGUACUGAACACCUCCGUCUCUCUGUCUCGCCCCCCUCUUUUUUUUUCCCUCUCAGUUUGACCUUGCCGUUCCCUAUCUACCCCCUCCAAAGUUCAGCAGGUGUUUUAAGAAGGAAAAAAAAAAAGUCAGUUUCCUCCUCCUUUGCCCAUUCCCUCAGACCAGUUUCCAGCAGCCAGUACAGUUCAGUUCAGUUGAGUUCAUUUCAGUUCAGCCCACCGCUAUGCAGUUUGGAAGAGCACACUCUGAUGUGACUCGUGUUUCCUGGGCCGAGUGUGUAGGUAGGCGUAGGUUGGUGAUAGCUGCAGCAGCUACAUAUAGUUAUGUCCACAUGUAUUUGCACUUUAUGAUUUUGGAUUUGAAAUCAAACAAAUUGCUAUCUUUCUCAGGGCAGAUGAAUAAAUUCAAUGGACAAGUCGGUGGCUUCAUUUCCAGCCAACAGAACAUGUUUUUCACUCUUUGAAGACAAGGAGGAGAACAAAGAGGAAACUCCGAAUUUGGGCAUGGCCGUGACCUCACGGCUUCAGGUGGUCAAUAACUGUGAAUUAUGAACAUGUUAUGUUUAUACAUACUCUUUUUCUGAGAUACUUUUGAGCCCCUGAAAAUGAGCAACUCAAAUGGCUAGGUGUUGUGACACUGGUCGAGAAUCAAACCCACGCCGACUGCUGCAUUAGGGUCAUGACUGAGCUGGAGCCUAUCCUAUGGAUAGAGGUGGGCUUCAGCUUGGACUGACACCAGAUGUGGCUCUUUUGAUGACUGCAUCUGGCUCUCACACAUUUCUUAACACGAUAAAAUGUAUUUUACAUUGCUUUCGCUGACAUUUUAAAGUCAAAACAUUGUUAAAAACAUUCAAACUAUAAAACUUUAUGUAUUUUAUCUAGGGAUGCGCCAAUCAGAGUUUUAUGCUGCCGAUUCCAAUACCGAUCAUGGAGGACUGAAAUCGUCCGAUACCUAUGGAUUAAUUAUAUAUUUUUCAAUUUAUUUAUAAUGAGUGCUGGUGGCCAGUGGUGCUGUAUAAAGGGGACAAUUCAGGACGAUUUCAAGGUCCCUUGACUGCCAGGGAAAUUGGUAAUUUUUAAUGAAAUUAGUAAUUAUAAUAGUAUAAUAAUUAGUAAUAAUAAUUAGUAUUUUUUUUUUUCAUGGGACGCAGAAUUCCUGGCUGCACCCCUGCUACUGGCUAUAUGGGGGGAAAAAAGGAACCAUAAAAUCAAAUUUAGACAAAAACAUGUUUACUAGACAACUCCCGAAACUUCCAGAGGAUGAGACGCCUUCUUUAAGGAGACUUUGGUAAAAUUCCACCUCUAAGAGAGGCUGCUCUUGUCCGAAUUAUUUUUGGGGUUAUUAGCUUAGCCGUCUGACGGUCACACGCACACGGGUGAGUGGCUGCGUUAGCUGUUGUUUGACGUGAGCUGUCAUGAGCCUCCUAAACUCGCCAUACUCCGUCAAGUGUUGUUCUUUAAUUGCCGUAUUAAAGCUUUUUACCCCCGCAAAAUUGUUUUCGUGGCAUGUGUUAGCAGUUAGGUUCCACACGGCAGGUGUGAUUGCUUUCGUUUUGAGGGAAGGUGGGAGGAUGACACUGUCCAAGAUGUUAGUUAGGGAAAGACACUACACUGCAUGAAAGGAUCGCUGCUGGUUGCAAAGUGCUAACCACAGGUGAUCGUCUUUUGUGAUUGCCGUUGAAAAGCAUUUGCGAUUUUUUUUUUUUUUUUUUUACAGAAAUCGUUCGGUACUGAUCGGUGGCCAAUGUAUCAGAGCAUCCCUAAUUUUAUCCAUUCAUUUUCUACCACAAUAUGCCAGCUGACCUUCUGAUAUUUUCUGUGUCAGACACCAAAACUUGACUAUUACUGGAUAAUGCAGUAGCCUACCAGGGUCAUCGAGAGGUCAAGAAGUAAACUUCCUUCCUUUAAUGAGAUAGUCAGUUACGUAAUUCUGCAGAGCAAACCCUUUUGACGAAGAAGAUGGUGAAAAGAAAGAAAGUAUAGUACAAAACCAUGCAGCGUCAGAAGUCUCAUUAAUGGUAAGAAGUAUUUUAUCAUUGGUUAGCGUCAAUAUAACAACAUUAAAAAUGCUUUUUAAUGCUCCUUUCCCAUCCAGUUGUUGCAUGGCAGUAUUGACUUUCUGUCUACUAUUUUCCACAGCAGUUUGUACCCCAAUGACAGAGUGCUAGUGGCGAUAUAGAACAUUUCUGUAACCUUUGCAACUUUUGACCAUUAAGGUAUAAUAUGGUACCAUACCGAACUGAACUGAACUGUACUGCUUAGUGGAAACAGGGUCGUAGAGUUCCUAUUAUCAUCUCCCAAAACCACACAAGCCCUCCUUGUCCUCUCUUGUUAAUUUGAAAACUUUGGAUUUGCAUUAUAUGAUUUCUUUAAGGCCAACGUAUUCAGAAGGAAAAAGUGGAUUAGGAUAUGACUGACACUUAAAACAAUCCAAUUCGACUUCCAUAUCAGGGGUUUAGAACAUAAUUUACCCGUCUGUUUGCCUUCAGCCUUUCUAUUUUAAAGCCCUUUAUGACUUCCUGUUAUCAGCACAUGUAUAAAAAUGUAUAGUUGACAAUAAGUAAUUUAGUUGUUUUAAACGAUAACUGGGAAUGAUUUUCUUGGACACAGCUAGAUACCGCGGCAUCAAUACGUGGCUUUGCAUCGCUUGUUCAGUGUGAUUCAAUCCAAGGUCUCAAUAAAAGGUUUACUGUGUGUCUCA